AUGCCACCAAAGAAGAAACUCAAAUGUAAAGCUAGUGAAACUUCAUUUGAGGAUGUUGAUGAUUUUUCAACAGAUGACGAAACUGAAGAUGUGUUUCUGGUUCCACCCAGUCCGCAAAAGACUCAGCUACGACACGCACCAUGGCUAGAAAAAUACUCGCCAAAAACCUCCUCGGAGAUUUGCAUCAAUCCGGCCAAAUUGAAACAAGUGAAGGAUUCGUUGUACAGGAUAAAGUCUAGGGAACUGAUGUCAAAAGUCUUGGUUCUUGUUGGGCCGUGUGGAUCGAGUAAAUCAACUACAAUUAAGCUACUAGCGCGGGAGAUGAACAACGCAGACGCGUUUGAUGAGAGUUUGAUUGAGUACGAUGAAUCGGAAAACAUUACACACUUUUUGCAAUGUUGCAAAUACAAGACCCUGUCGGUUGUUUUGAUUGAAGAAUUGCCUAAUGUUUAUCACGAGGAAACAUUGAAGGAGUUUAGAGAAGCAAUUAAGCAAUGGAUCUUUGCAGGAAUUCCCUUACCUCCGUUAGUGAUUUGCAUAAGUGAAUUUGAAUAUGAAUCUGAUAGAACCCAGUACUCUUAUGGACUCGAGAGUAAUAUGACUGGGGAUACAUUGUUGGGUCGAGAGAUAUUGAGCAAUACUGGAGUAGAGACUAUUCGGUUUAAUCCACUCGCAACGCGGUUUCUAAAGAAAACAGUGAACACGAUUUUGAAAAACGAGGGUUUAACUAAGAUACUUAGCACUCCCAAAUUGAACACAUUUCUUCAUGAUCUAUUCAAAACGGGCGAUAUUCGAUCCAUUAUCUUGAACUUGGAAAUGUGGGUCAAAUUUCAUAAAUCUGGGGUAGACUACAACCGAGAGAGUGCAAUUGGUUUAUUUCAUGCUAUAGGAAAAGUGAUAUACUCGAGUAAAGAGUUUGAAGGUGAUGCCCAAAUGGUCAAUACGAAUACAGUCUCCCAGGUUUUGGAAACAUUACCCGGUAAGAAUCUAGGUUUGUUGAAUUUGGGAUUGAUGGAGAACUAUCAUAUAUAUCAAGAUUCGGAGUUUGAUUUAUCACUUGCAGAGAGAAUAACUAAUGACUUGAGUCUAAACGACGUGUCACUUUUUGACGAAAUUGGUGUGCGAUCGACAAGACUAUAUUUGAGCAAAGCUGGUGCUAAAUCCUCAACUUCGAAAUUGAAAAUGAAGUUUCCUAGACAUUUUAAGGUGUUGAAGGCGACGCGGAAAACUUUAAAUCGACUAAAUGAAUAUCGUCGAUAUGUAUCUCCUACCAGUUCUAUUGAAGGUUUGAAUUUGAUUGACGGGUACUACUUGCCUUUAAUAUACAACAGAAAGCGCAAGACGCGAUACCGGUACAACCGACUUGGAGGAAAGCUUCUUGAAAUCUAUGCCGACGACGAUCCCGUUGUUGACGAUAGUAGUGCUCUGUAUGAGUAUGAUCAGUUCCAGCAUGACAUUGAUCGUUCUAUCAACGGAAGGAACGAGGAACACAACGAAAGCGAUACACUAAGCGAUGGUAUCGAAGAAAGCUCGUUUGAUGAGUCCGAUAAUGAUGGGUUUGGGUCCGAUACAGAGAUUGAUUUAUUGAUUUCUCAAGGAAAGUUGUAA